UUUCAGAUAGGUACUAAAAUGGAUUUGAAUCUGAUGGAUAAGCUGCGAUUACUAAAAAUAGACACUGAAUUACGUCCUCAGAUAAAAAUGAAGCCGAUGAGUCGCUACUACUUCAUCACCUCCACCAACCCUGGUGAGCAGUUCUUUGUGUUCGUGUCGAUCGCUGCUUGGCUCAUCAGAAAGGCUGGGAAGGUAUUCGAACAGCCACAAGAAGAAGACGACCCCAACUCCACCAUAGCCAACAUCAUCGAAGUUUUACGAGAAAAACAAAUAACGGUAGAUUUCUCUUCACACAAACUCAAACAAGGCUUCGGAGAAGAGGUCAGCUACAUACUUAACAUAUUAGCUGAUGAGGCCAUGAAAAAAGAAAACUUCGUCUGGCAGAAACCAGUUAUAAACUUAACUGAUAAUGAAGAAACUACUGACGACAUUGAUCAAGUGGAAGAUGAAACAGAAAUAACGUUAGACAAGGUCGAAGAAGAAAUGGCGAUUUAUUCCGAAGAAUCUGAAGGCGAAUUUGGAAGUGAAGACGAUAAAGAAUCGAGUAACGUGGCGGAUAAGGUUCACGAUUGGGAAGCAUGGAAACUGGAGCUAGAGAGAGUUGCUCCGGCUUUAAGAUUAAAAAUAACUGCUGACGGAAGGGAUUGGCGGGCGCGACAUGUGCAAAUGAAAACUUAUAGGGAUGAACUAUUUGAUAGAUUUAAAGCUACCGGUACACAGCUCAAUAAACUCCAUGGCAACAUAAGCUCGGCUAUGGAUAAAAUAGCAGCUAGAGAGAAUAUCUUGAAUGAACAAUUCGAGCCCUUGGUUAAAGAAUAUGGCGCGCUUCUUGAUGAACUGAGUAAAGUUACUAAUGACUAUAAAGAAGUAAGCGUAGGCGUCACAGAAAGGCAAGAAAUGUUGAAUGAACUGACAGCUAAAGUGGAGAAUAUCAAGCAAAGAACGGAAUCUAAGGGAUCAUUGAUGAACGAUAACUCUCCUUUGGUUAGCGCAAAGAAAGCUGUCGCGAAUUUGAAGAAGGAUAUACAAGAGUUGGAUUUUCAAAUUAUUGUCCUGCUCUGGUUGUUGACUACCAAGGAAAAUCCUAAUAGCAACAAUUUAUUAGGAAAUGUGGAGUCUAGAAUGGUGACGAAUGAAGUAUACUGAAAUUUUUUUGAUACAUAAGCUUCAUAGAAAAAUUAAAGGUAAAUUUG